AGCGUUUGUGUUGCAGCAUGUGGUAUUCGGCAUAGGGUAAGCGCAAGAGAAACUCUUUUUGGACGUAAAUAAACUUUUUCUUUGGUCAACCUGACAUGCAAUGACAUCAUGGCGCAUUUCGAUUUUGGUGUCUGGAGAAGCUGUUUGAGCCUUUUUGACUAGACUUCACAUUAAUCUCAAGUCAAUAUGCCCCACACUCGAAAUAGGAACCCCAGCCCUAUCCCAGAGGUAACAUGGGACACGGGCUUGAAAGAAAUGAACGAGACUUGGAAGGGAGCAAUUGCCUGCCUUGGAGUAGCAGUCUUUUUUGUCAUGACCAUUGGGAUCAUAUAUUGGCAAGUUGUGGAUCAGCCUAACAAGAAUUGGAUCCUGAAGGGGAGUUUUAGCGGACUGAUAUGGGAGAGACGGAGUCAGACCCUUGUGAUCCAGACUCUGACGGAGGACAAGACGUUUGUGGAAAUUGAUGUGGGCAACGUGGGAAACCCCGACACAGAAGUGCCAUUUGUUCGGAACCUGUGUUGGCUCAACAAAACCGAGUUCUGUUACACCUGGGACUCGGUUGCGGACGUGAAGAUAUCACUGGAUAUACCUGACAUGGUCCACCAAACGGAGUGUUACAGUAUGACAUGGACCCCAGUCCACUGUCAUGUACAUCUGAAGGACUGUUUCUCCAUGACGAAUGUGUCGUGGUACGGUGGCGCGAGCAUCAGCUCGCCCAGCUGGCCCAUCAACGAGGCCAACGUCUCCAUGCAGGCCUUCGUCAUGAGCGACCUGCGGGACAACCCCUCGGGCUACGGCUCCGUCCUCGAGCGCUACUUCCUGGGGUCCUCAGGUGUGGCGGUGAUGGUGGCUCCACACGUCCCCCUGCUGGUGGGAGUGGACAGCAGACAGCAGUUCUGCCUGCAAAGCGGAUCCAGCCUGGACAGGCCCCCACUGCAGUACACAGUGUGUGUGGGAGAGAACCUCCGAGACCUCCACCAGGACGUGGCUCCGCAGCAGAGCCUGCCUACCAGAGAGCUGCCCAACCUGGGCGUCUUAGGGCAACCGUUUUGGAAGUUUCUCCCCAAUGAAGACUCAGGGUUGACGGUGGAGCGGGAGCUGAGGACCUUCUCCAACCGACUGAAGAGGCACCACCUGGGGGAGGGGGUCAUCAGCCUCAGUGAACAUUCCACGUCCCUCCUCGUCAACAUGGACCACGAGCACGAUCACCUCUACGGCAGGAGAGGCGUGUCGAAGAGGCAGAGCAGGGACCUCGCCUUCGUCAAGCUUCUGAACAUUUCCGUGGCGCUGUCGCCGCUGCUGAGCGUGGACACGCGGCAGUUCCAGACCUCCAUGCGGGACGGCACCGAGGCCUUCUGGCUCAGCCGGCCCUCCUCCUUGCAGGGCAGACCGGUGCCUCUUCUGAUGCAGUGGAAGGGCAGGUACUGUGUCAAGCUGAACCUCAGCAACCCAGAGGCGGUGAACUGGUUCCUGGAGCACGUCAGCGUGCUGCAGUCCCACCUGGGCAUGGAGUACAUCAUCCUGGAGGGGGGCGAGGGAAGCCCGUUGGAGGAGCAGCCCGCCCUGUCCACUCAGGCGCUCUCCGGGGACGACUAUGUCCAGCAGCUGGUGGAGAUGGCCGGGAGAAUCGGAGACACCACCAUUGUGACCUCAGGGACAAGGUCCAGCCAGAGGCCGCACUUCAUCCAAAUGUCCCCUCUGCAGUCGGACUGGACCUCCGCUGGAAUCAAGGGCAUCAUUCCGGCCCUGUUGCACUACAGCCUGCUGGGAUACAACUUUGUCAUUCCCGACGCAGUAGGAGGCUCCCUGUGGGAAGAGCCGGUCGCUGAUCAGGAGCUGUUUGCGCGCUGGCUGGAGAUCGUGGCUCUUCUCCCGGUCAUGUCCUUCCACACCCCACCGUGGGACUUCGGAGAGGACUGGAUGUUGAAUCUUACCAGGUUCUACGUGUCAAAGCACCAAGAGUUUGUGGUUCCUCUCAUAAGGAAGUACGCUGAGGUGUGGCAGGCCAGUGGUGACCCGAUAUACAGGCCAGUCUGGUGGAUAAGCCCAGACGACCCCGUCACCUUCACUGUGAAUGACCAGUUCAUGAUUGGAGAUGAGUUUCUUGUUGCUCCAGUGACAGAGAAAGGGGCAACACACAGAGACAUUUACCUCCCGGACGCUGACUCUAAGUGGCAGGACACGAACAACGCUAAGGUGUUUGAUGGAGGGACGUUUUUGUACGACUACCCGGUUGCACUGGAUGAAGUGGCCGUUUUCUUACGCGGGAACUCUUGAGUCCAAGUUACCUAACUUACUUUGCUGCCUUUUUUUUUUUUUUUUUUUUUAAAUCAUCGUGCUGAUCUUAAGUUGCACUUUCCUCAAAGACCAGUACUCUCAUCUCAAGACAAGAUCUUGAGACUAGAUCGAAUAUCAUUUUUAUAUUUGCACUUUACAAAAGAAACGAUUUCUGUUUUCUCAUGGUCGUUGUCCUGUCUCUGAUCAUCACCAUUCGUUUGUCCUUGCUCCUCUGCUCUUUUUACAUCCUUUCAGUGUCAACAGUUCUGUGCGUUUACAUUUGAUCACAUUUUUACAACCUUUUAAGAUUUUAAAUUGUUUUCCUGAUUGCAUUUAUAUGGAGUCCAGAGUAGCCCUUUAUUUGCUUAAAAACACUAUGAAUUUCUGAAGACCAAACAAAGAUUCAAAGACUGCUACUUCAUCUCUGCUGAGAAGAAGCCUUUGAUGACAGAAAGAGUGUGAGCAAGUCUUGGACAAAGCUCAAAUUCAUGUCAUUGACUCGUUGAAGGCUUUUUACUUGAACUCUGAUGGCUGAUUUGCCAGUGUUUUGUAAAUGUACCUCAAACUAGGUUUAUCAAUGCCUUUUAUUGUGAAUUCUGCUCUCUGUCAAUGAUCACCACUGUCCAUAAGGAAGAAAUGCUGCCUUAAAAGCACUUAUUAUUUGAAAAAUUACAAGAAUAUUGUACUGUCUAGGGAGGUGAUGGAAAGCUUGAACAUGUUACUGUAGGACUUUAGCUCAAGUCUGAACCUCACUGCCGCUCUUGAAAGUACACUACAAAAAAGUCUGUCCAAACAUACUACUAGAUUUCCAAUCUACUUUUCCCAAUCCAAAUGUAUAGUGUAUCAGCACAAAGUUAUAUUUAUUCAACUGAUAUUGGUUUUCAUCUUUGAUAUCUCCUGUUUUCAUUUUCCAGAUAAUUGAAUGAAUUUUUGUAAUCAUUUUUUAAAUGUACUUUUUCUGGUAUGGUGAAACUGCAAUUAGGUUGUUGUUAUUUGAUUUACUUUUACGUCAUCAAAACAACACAAUUGCACGUUUAUUGAUAAUACCUGAAAUGCACAAUGAAAAACAUGACUUUUUGAAUAUUCUUAAAAAUUGAGAUAUCCUUUUUUCGAACCAAACUGUUAAAGUAUAUGACAAAAAAAAUGUAACUGGACAAAGUGAUGUCAACGAAGAAGAGAUCAGUGUAGCAAGAUUACUGCUGAGGUCUUUUCUUUGAUUUUAGUACUGACUUGAAUACUGUGAGGUACCCAGUGGUGUGAAUGUGAUGCCUUACAAACCAACCUCUAAAAAAUUUUUAAAAAUAAAAUAACAAUGGUAAACAAAAGGCUAAAUUAUAUAAAUAAAUGUUAGUCUGUUAUUAGCUAAAUAAAAAGAUAGAGAGAAAUCUUACCCCAGCUCUAUUAAAAGCUACUCUAAGCUACCUUAAAUUAUACACUAAAUUAUCACAAACAACCCCGAGCAAAACAACAAAAGCAACAGAAUGCUAAAAUCCUGGCAUGACAGGCAUUUAGUCACCUAGUCAGGGGCCUCUCCUCUGCUGCUGAAACCUGUGUUGUGCACGUGACUCUUGAGUGUCCGAGGAAUACCUCAUUAACACAACUAGCUGUAGUUAUCAGACACGUUAUCAUAAGAGGGGAGAACAAAAGAAAAUUAUCCACAAGAACAACCAAGUUCUAAGACCAUAACAGCUAGCGUGCAGACUUAACUAGUAUCGAUACAAAUCUGUAUACACCAUUGUGUCCUUGUAGUAGAGCGUGCUGUCCUUUGUAGUCGCCCCAGCCUCUCAGAUCGCACAAGGGUUGUUUCCUGAAAGGAACAUGUUAGUAGAUAUAUCCAAUGCAUUUUAAUAUAAGUAAUAAUUGUAACAAGUAAGAUGAAUGAUUAGAAAAAAAUCACAAGAUGAUUACCUGGUAUCUGUGUCCGCCUGGGACCGCUGACUUUAAUAGUUCAUGUUUACUGUCAUUUUCAGGACACUCAGGUUUCACCUAUCAAAUGAGAACUGUCUUAGUGAGACCCGUGAUUGCAUAUACUUUAAUGUCUUAAACCACUUCUAUAUGUGAAUGUGAUUUAUACAUGUUAAGCUAAAAAAUGGAAAAAGAAUAAAAAUAACAAAUACUAACUGUGAUUAUCUGACACCCUUACGCCUUUUGACAGAAGUUGCUUUUUCUUUAAUGCUUUUAUUUUAGGUUCAUGUGAAUGAAAUGACAUAAAGUUUUAAAAAAAGUUUUGAAUUAUUCCCUUCUCCGUAUCAGCAGAUGUUGUGCUAUUUUGUGCUUUUGUACCUUAAAACAGGACAUACUGUGUCAGUCAUGUAUAUAUAUAUUUUUUCAAACACUUUUGCCAUUAAAUGUUGUGUUGUUCCACUGUAAAUCAGAGAAAUAAGAAUGACAAUAUGCAAUAAAGUUUACA